AUGGGGGGGGCGGGCCGCGGGGGGCCUCGGGAGGACGGGGCUCCCCUGGGCCAGGGGCUGUACCCCAUGCCGGCCAGCGUCCUACAAGCCCUAUCGAGCCGGGGGACGCUGGUGCUGGAGGCGGCGCUGAGGAGUGCGCUGCUGGCACUGGAGCGGGCGCUGGCGCCAGCCGUGCCCCCCGCCGUGCCCCCCAGCUGCCAGGCCCUGCUGGAUGCCCAGGCGCUGCCCGAGCUGCCCCAGCGCAACUGGGCACUGAGCCAGGCCUGUGCCCCCUACCAGCGCCUGUGCCCACCCGAGGGGGCCCAGCACGCCUGCGCCCUGCUCAGCGCCCGGCUCUGCCGCCACCGCCUCCAGGAGUGCCAGAGGGGAGACCCUACAAUAACAAACGGGACAUCCCCAAGGGGGCGGAUCAUGGGCGGGAGCGUGGCCCCGCGGGGGGCCUGGCCAUGGCUGGUGUCGGUGCGGCUCCACGGGGAGCUGAUGUGCGGUGGGGUGCUGGUGGGACACUCCUGGGUCCUCACCGCAGCCCACUGCUUCACCGGGAAUCGGAAUGAGCUGGCGUGGACGGUGGUGGUGGGCGACCACGAGCUGGACAAGCAGGACGCGGGCGAGCGAGCAGUGCCCGUCCGGCGCAUCCUGCCUCACCCCAAGUUUAACCCCAAGACGUUUCACGGGGACCUGGCACUGCUGGAGCUGGCAGGGCCGCUGGCCCCGUCAUCCACAGUCAGCCCCGUGUGCCUGCCCAGCAGCCCUGCGGAGCCCAGCCCAGGCACUGCCUGCUACAUCGCGGGCUGGGGGUCCCUCUACGAGGAGGGUCCGGCAGCUGACGUGGUGAUGGAGGCACGGGUGCCCCUGCUCAGCCAGGAGACAUGCCGGGGCGCCCUGGGCAGGGACCUGCUCACCAGCGCCAUGUUCUGUGCUGGGUACUUGUCCGGCGGCAUUGACUCCUGCCAGGGUGACUCGGGGGGCCCGCUGGCAUGCCAGGACCCCUCCUCGCACCGCUUCAUCCUCUAUGGCAUCACUUCAUGGGGUGAUGGCUGUGGUGAGCGGGGCAAACCGGGCGUCUACACCCGUGUCGCUGCCUUCGCAGACUGGCUCAGCCUCCAGAUGGACUCUCAGAACCUCAUGGCCGCCCCGGUGCCCUCGCAGCCACCCCUGGCAGCCGGGAACCGGGGCCGGGCCGCCUGCGCCCGCCUGGCCGAGGAGACCUGCCGUGCCAGGACAAGACGAUGUGAGCUACACUCCUACGCUCAGACCUUGGUGGAUCUCCUGCGCCGGGCUGGGGACUUCAUCCGAAACCAGUUCGACUUCUCCUUCCUCACCCGCGCCCUGCCCCAGCUCCUGGGCAAGAUCUAUGGGCAUCUCUUCCCACCCCGUGUCCGCAGGGAUGCCCCAGGUACCCUCUUGGCUGGGCCACCCCAUCCCCACAGCAGAGGAACCCUGGAGACUCCCCACCGGGGGCCGCCCCCCUUCGCAGGGCUCUUCAGGACCGUGGGGCCCCAGCUGCAGGACUGGGUGGAGGCGCUGAGGGCCAUGGUGGGAGGCAGCCCCCCGGCACCCCCCGUGGACGGGGGGCAGCUGCCCGGGGAGACGUGGCUCUUCUUGCAGGUAUUUGGGGAGGGAUGGGCUGGGGCGGGGACCCUGCCCCUCUGUCCCCCACCCAACACCAGCCCAGCCGUGCCCUGCGCUCUGCCACUGUGCAUCCAGCCAUGCCCACGGGUGACCUGUGGGUGCCCCACUGCCCACCCUGUCCCCCGUUCCCUUCAGCAGGGCGAAGAGGUGGUGGAGGAGCUGGUGGCACAAGGACGAGCCUUCCUCGCCCAGCUGCGGGCAGAGCUGGACCUCAGCGCCCCUUUUGAAGCCACGGAGCCACGACAGGCACCUGGAGAGCUGGCGGGGACCCCUGUUUUUACACCUCUCCUGGUGGCAGGGUCUGCGCUGAGAGAGAAGCGUGAGCUGGUGCCCACGGAGCUGCCAAGGGUGGAGGAGGAGGAGGAGGAAGCAGGCGCAGGCAGAGCCUGCCCCGGCCUCAACGAGUCGAUGGUGCGGGUGGGCGCGCUGCGGGACCUGUACGCCUGGGUGCUGAAGGUGCCCGAACCGGACCUGGCCAUGACCUUCCAGGAGAUCCUGGUGGACUUGAGCUCCAAAAACACCAAGGGGCUGUACCGGGCGCAGGUGCGGGCCAUGGUUGGGGGCCGCCCCACCACCUUCGCUGGCCUUGUGGGGCUGGAAAGCGACUCGCUGGCCCGCAGCAUGCCUGGCCUUGUCGCUUUGGCACUCGAGGCACUGAAAUCCUAA